GGUCUCAACUGCACUGAGGGUUUGUUUCUUUCAGAGAGAACCUCUUGGCGUGUAUCGCUGCAAAGAGUGGCCUUUGGGGUUCGGCCCUUGACCAGAGAUGGGCUUGAGGACCCCCGUUGUCGUUCUGGGGUUCCUCAUAAUGUGGGAGACCCUCCCCAUGGCAUCUGGAGAUCUGGGGGUCUGCAUGCUCCCUCCCGACUCGGGGGUCUGCUUCAUCCUCCAAGAGCGUUGGUACUACGACUUCCACAAGAAGCGCUGCCUGCCCUUCACGUGGGGCGGAUGCAAGGCCAACGAGAACAACUUCGUCAACCGAGCCACCUGCAUGGAGGCCUGCGGACGCUACGGGUAACGAAGAAGCGGCCGCGGAGGCCUGGGGAGAACACCUGAGGGAAGUCCAGAACGGGGGGCCACCCGGGCCCUGGGAAGGCUCCUCUUGAGGGUCAACACUGGUCUUCUCUGAAUAAACGCCGCGUGCACUUCCUUGCCAUUCUGUCCCCCGUGUUUUUGUCCGCAGGGUUGAGGGCUCGAAGCUGAACCAAUUCCUGUCCACUAUGCAAGUGUGUAAAGAGUUAACUGUGUAUUGCAUCAGACAGCAGGGGUGGUUAUAAAUAGCUCCCUGUGUUAUCUGUUCUUCCCUCUGCCCUCUGCUCUCUGCCUAUUUGCACUCUGUAUGUAUAUGCCGUCUUGAGAGUUUUCCGUUUGUUAGUAAAUCUUUUGUAGAAAGCCAAA